AUGUUCACGCCAACUGUACUCAUCUUCUCUGCGAUCUUAACUUUCCAGCUGGGAGCUGCCACCUUCCAGCAGGACUGCGAAUCCGGCCAUGUCGAUGUCGCCAUGGAGAUCUUCACGAAGGUAAAAGGCAAGUGGCAGGGUUCGGUGCAGCAUCUGGUCGAUGCUAAAACGGAGGUGUUCGAUAAGGUGAAGCAGUGCAAAGUCGGAAAAACGAAUCACAAGCAAUUGGUAGAACUGCAAGAGAAAUUUGCAGCGGACAUGACCAAAUGCAACGAGAAACUGGUACACGAAAACGGGACGAUUCAUAAAGAGAUGGAGAAGAUCAACAAGUUGCUGAAGGACAUGAAGUGCAGCAAAGAUGUGGUCACCACGAAGAGCCCUGCUGCUCAUUUUCAAGGUGCUGUCCAACAUCUACGCAAUUUCUUCGCAGCGCUGAAGAAUUGGAAGCACGGACUGAAGCAAUUGCCUGCGAAGCAUGUGAGCCUCGAUAAGCCAUGGCUGAAGUUGCUCCAGACCGUUGUGAAGUCGAUCAGCCAUUUGAUGAGUUCCCUUGUGGGACCGUCUUCUGGUAGAUUUUCGUGCUCGAAGCACGGCAACUCUGAUUGCAAAAAGGUCGUAGGUCACAUCAAUAAAAUAGUGGGCGCCGUCACCAAGUCCACAACAAGUUAUGACGCUUGCAUCAAGAAGCAGAAAGAUCUUCUAUACAAAGAUCCCACUUACACAGUUCUGUGCCAAUAAUACAACAGUUUUACUUGCAAGAUAAUAUUCCAUGUAGUCUUAUAGUCAAUAAUGCAAUAAUUAAACGAAUAACAAUCUGAAAAACAAAA